AAAUCUUGAACUAGACGUUCUAGUCUCGCGUUAACGUUGCUUAAGUUAAAUAGUUUGCGUUUUUAAAUUUAAUUAUGAAUUAUUGUAAAUAAAUUUUAUAAAAGUUUCCAAGAAUCUGUUAAAACUGGUUUUUCAUAACAAUUAGGUUUUUCUUAACGAAAUUACUUUUGUUCGUAUCAUGUCAGCUUACAAGUCAAAUAUCAUAUAUUUUGGAAUAUGUUGUGUUUUAAUAAAAACUUUCCUGGUUAAUAAAGUGAUAGCACAACAGCAAUGUGGAACCUCUCAAUGGGAUUGCAAUAACGGCCAGUGUAUAUCAGGAAAUGCGCGCUGCGAUGGCAUGGUCGAUUGUCAGGAUGGCUCAGAUGAAACGGCCGAAAAUUGCAUACAAGGUUAUGCUACAUGUCACGCGUUUGGUUUCAAAUGCGCUUAUGGCGCUUGCGUUGCUGCCAGCCAUCGUUGCAAUGGACGCAAAGAUUGCGCGGACAAUUCAGACGAAUUAGUCUGUAAUGAUAAGAAACCCGAUAAACUUCAAGGAAAUUGUAGCAGCGGCACUGACUUUGAAUGCUCGCAAUCAAAGGAAUGCAUUAGCAAAGCUAAUAUGUGUAAUGGAAUAAAGGAUUGUACGGAUGGUUCGGAUGAAACUUUACAACUUUGUGUCGGUUCCGAUUGCCCUGACGGAGCAUUUCCUUGCGGAUAUGGUGCUUGUAUCAGUGGAACAGCGAAAUGCAAUGGCGUUAAAGAUUGUGCUGACGGUUCCGAUGAAGCUUGGGAGUUAUGUGGCUAUCCUAGACCAGUGAAUAAAGCUACAUCUUCGCUGUCCGAUACGCGCGAUGAAAAUAGAUGUCAAUUGCCAGAAAAUUACCCCCAUCUCGUGGCUCGUUUACAUCCACAGAAUGAGACCAUACCUUUAGGUGCUUGGGUAGGCAAUUAUGAAAUUGUACACUUAGAAUGUUCGAACGGUUAUCGUAUAACGACCGAUGAUAGUUUAAAUUGUCAAAAUGGCAAAUGGACGGCAGCAUUUCCUACAUGUGCUGAGUAUUGUGAUGGUCUGUCGCUUCUCGGCUUGUCCACAUUUUAUGUGUGCAUUAAUAAUUUUAUGGCCGCCCGGCAGUGUACUCGUGUGCAGCCGAAUACUGAGAUAAUUGUUGGAUGUAAAGUCGGCUACGAAGGUUUCGGCAACAUGUCACCAUUAAUACGUUGCACCUCUGAUGGUAAGUUCACAUCUAAACGUCCCACAUGUAACGUUGAGUGCGGAGUUCUACGCCAGGGCACUCCACUUACGCGAGAAGGAUUACAGGUACAAAGAAACGAGGUGCCCUGGCAAGUGGCUAUUUAUAGAAAACCAGAUAAAACGAACUAUAAAUUCGUUUGCGGUGGAUCCAUUAUAUCGCCAAGUGUAAUUGUAACCGCUGCUCACUGUUUUUGGGAUGUCGCAGUACAAGAGAAAAUGAACGCUGACGCUUUUCAAGUGGCCGCUGGAAAGUAUUACCGUGACUACGAUAUGGCUAAAGAUCCAACUGCCCAAAUUUCAGAUAUUGCUGAAAUUGCGAUUUCGCCAAGCUUCCAAUACGGCAAAGACAAAAUCCUUGAAGAUAUCGCUGUUGUUAAAUUAAAGACACCCUUUGUCUUCAAUGAAAACAUAUCAGCCGUGUGUUUGAGGUUCGAUGCUAGGGCCAAUAGUUAUGUUCCGAAUGAUUGGGCUGGUACAAUUGUGGGCUAUGGGGAUACCGAUACUGAAUAUAAAGCUAUACAACGGGUUCCUAUGAAAUCGCUAUCCUUUCAUAGUUGCCAAUUAAGGCAACAGGCAAAUUUAGCUGAUGAUAAAUUUUGUUUACAAAACGAAGACAGAGCAACCGUAUGCCGCGGUGAUAGUGGCGGAGGUUUUGUAAUUCAGAAUGCUGUAACGAAACGUCACGAGCUAUUAGGCGUUAUUAGUUAUACACGUUUCAGUAAUGCGGAGUGUGUUCGUGAGGGAAUUCUAACGGCAACGAAUGUCAAUUACAUGAGCGACGAAGUGGUCAAGAAAAUGGAGCAGUUCAAGCAAGAAGACAAACGUUCAAAUUUAAUUAUGAAUUAUUCUAUCAAGUAUAGUAUCAUUUACUUUGGAAUAUGCAGUGUUCUAAUAAAAAUUUUCUUAGUUAACGAAGGUAUGGCACAGCUGCAGUGCGAGACCUUUCAAUGGAACUGCGAUGAUGGUCAGUGCAUAUCAGAUAGCGGCCGUUGCGACGGUGUGGUCGAUUGUCAGGACGGCUCAGACGAAACGGCCGAAAAUUGCAUACAAGUGCAUUCUACCUGUCAUACGUUUGCUUUCAAAUGCGCUUAUGGUGCUUGCAUUGCCAACGGCUAUCGCUGCAAUGGACGCAAAGAUUGCGCAGACAAUUCGGACGAAUUGAUCUGUGAUGAAAGCAAAUUCGAUAAACUUCAAGGAAGCUGCCGCAGUGAUACUGAGUUUGAAUGCACGCGACUAAAGGAAUGCAUUAGUAAAGUUAAUAUUUGUAAUGGAGCAAAGGAUUGCAAGGAUGGUUCCGAUGAAACUUUAGAACUUUGUGCCGGUUUUGAUUGUUCUGAUGGAAUGUUUCAUUGCGGCUACGGUGCUUGUAUCAAUAGAACAGCGACAUGCAAUGGCGUUAAAGAUUGCCUCGAUGGUUCCGACGAAGCUUGGGAGUUAUGUGGCUUUCCUAGACCGAGGAAUAAAUUGACACCUUCGUUAGCAGAUUUGCGCAAUGAAAAUAAGUGUCAAUUACCAGAGAAUGGUCCUUAUCUGUUGGCUCGUUUACAUCCCCAGAAUCAGACCAUACGUUUAGGCAGAUGGGUAGACAAUUAUGAGACUAUUCACUUGGAAUGUUCGAACGGUUAUCGUAUACCAACUCAUGCGAGUUUAAAUUGUCAAAAUGGCAAAUGGACCAGAGGAUUUCCGUCAUGUGUUCAAUAUUGCGACGGUCAAUCGUUGCGAGGUUUAUCCACAUUUCACGUAUGUAUUAAUAAUGGUAUUGCCGCCCGGCAGUGCCAACGGUUACAACCAAAAACUGCGGUAAUUAUCAGAUGUAACGUCGGUUACGAAGGUUUAAGCGACAGCGCACCAAUAAUGCGAUGCAAUCUCGAUGGUAAAUUCACCGCUAAGCGGCCCACUUGCAAUGUCGAGUGCGGAGUUCAACGAACAAGUGCACGAUUUAGACGCGACUUGGGAUUUACGAUAGAUCAAAGCGAGGCACCCUGGCAAGUGGCCAUUUAUCAAAAGCCAGAUAACGUUAGCUACAGAUUGAUUUGUAGUGGAUCCAUUAUCUCGCCGAGUAUAAUUGUAACCGCUGCUCAUUGUUUUUGGGACGUCGCGGUAGAACAGACGAUAAGCGCUGAGUUCUUUCAGGUGGCCGCUGGAAAAUAUUAUCGUGACUACGAUAUGGCUAAAGACCCAACAGCUCAAAUUGCGGAUGUUGCUGAAAUUGUGAUUUCGUCAAGUUUCCAAUACAACAAAAAUGAUUUCGUAGAAGAUAUCGCUGUUGUUAAGUUAAAGACACCUUUCAUCUUCAACGAAAACGUAUCAGCCGUGUGCUUCGAUUUCGGUACUAGGGCCAGUCGAUAUGUUCCGAAUAAUUUGGUUGGUUCAAUUGUGGGGUAUGGUGAUACUGGAGAGGUUUUAGAACUGCUUCCUAUGAAAACGCUGUCUUAUCACAAUUGUCAAUUAAAGGAUAAAUACGCAAAUUUAGCUGGAGAUAAAUUUUGCUUGCAAAACGAAGGUGAAGCGAUCCUAUGUCGCGGUGAUAGAGGCGGAGGUUAUGUGAUUCAGAAUCCAGUAACGAAACGUUACGAGCUAUUAGGCGUAAUUAGUCUUACUCCUUUCCUUAACCACGAAUGUGCUCGAGAGGAAGUUGUAACAGCAACGAAUGUCAAAUACAUGAGCAACGAAAUAAGAGAGAAAUUGGAGCAGUUCAAGCAAGAAGAUAAAGCCUUGUUUUAGAAUAAGAAGUAAAAAAAAAAUUUUUUUUUUUUAAUUUUUAUGUUUUU